AUGUCGAAGCCGAAGCCGUCGCCAGCGCCUCGCUCCUUCCCGUGGGUGUCUGUGGUGGUGGGACUGGCGGCUGUGAUCGCAGCUGCGUGGACUGUGGUGGACCCUUCUGAGCUUCAAGCGCGCGUGCAGCUGCUGGUGGACAGCUAUGGGGGCGUCCCGCUCAGCGCGACAGCCCCAGAGAACGCUGUGGUGGACUGCUCGCAAGCGCAGCAGUACCUGACGGACGUGCUGCCGGUCAAGGGCUUCCACGUUCUGUGCAUCAAGAAGGUGCAGGAGGGGGAGAGUCUGGCGACGCUGGACGUUGUGGCGUUCAAAGAUGGCAACGCGUUGUCCGUGGAGACGCAGAGCUCCGUGGAGUUGGACGACUUGAAGAGCAAGUUGGAGACGCUGCUGGAUAUGCAAGGACCCAAAGACGAAGUUGCUGUCAAGUACAAGCAGCCAUACGCGUUCUUCACGCCAGACGGGAAGAGGCUGCAGAACGUGGAGGAGAUGGCCAACCGGGUUGUCUUCCUCUUUGAAGGAGGACAGUUUGUCUGGCCCGGAAUUCGCAUAGGACACAAGACUCUUGUGAAGGACGUGGCUGGAAAAGGCGACGUGGUGCUGGAAACGCUGAGCAUGACCCCUUUGGUCUUCAGUGUGGAGGAGUUCCUCAAAGACGAUGAGAUCGACAUCAUCAUGAACUUGUCGUUGGAGCAUUUGAAGCCUUCCGGGGUGACGCUGAUGGACGGACACGAGAACCGCGCUGCGACGGAUUGGCGCACAAGUACGACGUACUUCUUGCCGUCAGACGCUCACCCGAAGAUCGAUGAGAUCGACCAACGAGUAUCGGACCUGACCAAGGUGCCUAUCGACCACCAAGAAGACGUGCAGGUGCUUCGGUACGAGAAAACGCAAAAGUACGACCACCACACCGACUACUUCCCAGUGGAGCACCACAAGAACGCGCCUCAUAUUCUGGAGAGCAUCGACUAUGGCUACAAGAACCGGAUGAUCACGGUGUUCUGGUAUAUGUCGGACGUGGCGAAGGGGGGCCACACCAUUUUCCCACGAGCUGGCGGCGCACCACGACCGACGUCGAUGAAAGACUGCACGACAGGACUCAACGUCCCUCCGAAGAAGCGCAAAGUUAUUGUGUUUUACAGCAUGUUGCCAAACGGAGAAGGCGACCCGAUGAGCUUGCAUGGAGGAUGUCCAGUUGAGGAAGGAGUCAAGUAUUCUGGUAACAAGUGGGUCUGGAACAAAGCGAGGUACUAG